UGACAGAUCCCAACUGACCAAUGGAAGAAAAGAAUCAGACUGUCAUGCCUGAGUUUCUCUUCCUUGGCAUUACAGAUAACCUCCAUCAGAAGAUUGUCAUCUUCAUCAUCUUUUUCUUUGUUUAUCUUGUCACUCUUGGGGGUAAUGUGGGGAUGAUCACUCUCAUAUGGUUGGACCCCAGGCUGCACACACCUAUGUACUUUUUUCUCAGCCAACUGUCCUUUGUAGAUGUGUCUUCCUCUUCUUCCAUAGCUCCCAAGAUGCUGUGUGACAUUUUUGCAGGGAACAAAGCCAUCUCUUUUGUGGGCUGUGCAACACAGAUGUGGUUCUUCGGUCUCUGUGUGGCAACUGAAUGCUUUCUCCUGGCUGCCAUGGCAUAUGAUCGGUAUGCAGCCAUCUGUAAGCCCUUGCUGUAUACACUUAUUAUGUCUCCACAUCUCUGUGUGUUGUUGGUUAUUGGGCCUUAUGCCAUUGCUCUUAUAAGUACAACGACACACACAACUUUGACCUUUUGCUUACCAUUCUGUGGUCCAUAUAUUAUCAACCACUUUUUCUGUGACAUUUCCCCAUUGCUGUCUCUAGCAUGUACUGACACCCAGAUAAAUAAAUUGGUGCUUUUUGUCUUGGCUGGAGCAGUAGGUGUGCUCAGUGGAAUGAUAAUCUUGGUGUCCUAUGUUUGCAUCUUGAAGGAAAUUUUGAAGAUUCAGACAGCCAAUGGGAGACGAAAAGCCUUCUCAACUUGUUCCUCUCACUUGGCAACUGUCUCUAUCCUGUAUGGGACCCUUUUCUUCAUCUAUGUUCGACCCAAUGUCAGUUCCUCCUUGAAUAUUAAUAAAGUUAUAUCUUUAUUUUACACUAUGGUGAUUCCCAUGUUGAAUCCCCUCAUCUACAGCUUGAGGAAUCAAGAGGUAAAAAAUGCAUUCAGGAGAACUUUGGAGAAGAAGCACUUCCUAAUAGGUGUUUAAGACAGAAUUCUUUCUGUGACAUAUCUAUGUUGUGAGAGCAAAAUAUAAGGCAAAGACCAGUAGAGUGCGGACAAGAGGCUGC